UUUAAAAAUUUUUUAAAAGAAAUAAUCGUGAAUUUAAAUUGUUUUAUAAAAUUAAGAAGUGAAAGAAGGCUUUUAUCAAUAUUUUAUCCGUUUGGAACGCACAGUUGUAGAUUCCUGGUACCAGAUUAUUUCUCAGAACGCUGUUACAGUAGAAGCGAAGUCAACUGUCGCACGAUGACAUGACAACGAUGGAAUUUGACGUUCUGGGUGCUGUUCUUUAUGGACAAAACGACUGUGUCAUGUUCACGAUUUAUGUUUGAGGAUCUACUGGGAUGAUGGAAGAACUGGCUAGAGCACCUCUUAACAAGGCGCAUAUCCUGGAUCGAAGCGCUGAAACUUACGCCAGGAAGCAGCUAUUUGAAAAGGCUAUCCAGUGCAGAGAACAGGCAAUUGAACACCUGUUGGCAGUCAAGACAAAUCACUUGAUGAAUGAAUCCGUAAGGUCACUGAAUGACCAGAUAGCCUCCCAUCAACACCGGAUUCGAUUGUUAAAAGAAAUGCACCAAAAUAGUACCAAACGUGCGAGAGUGUCUUUAUCGAAAGUGGACAGCAGUCCUGUGCGCACUUCAAUUCCUGAAACGCCUUACGAUACUGCGCCUCGAGGAAGUAUUGAUUCCAAUAUCUCUUCUGCGUUGGAAUUGGCCAUCCGAACAGAAAUUUCUAAGGGGGAUAAGCUCCUCGAAACUCUGGUGUCUCAGAAAUCAGAAAACGAUUUAGUACAUGGGAAAAACGACGCGCUCAUCACGUCGGCAAUCAAAUUGCCAAAACCCACAGAACAAGUCUUAGAAGAAUUGCAGUUACAUAAUAGCCAGUUGAAAAACCUUGUAUUUGGUUUGCUAGAGGAGGUAGAAUCCUUGAAGGAAGAGAAUGGACGAUUGCGAUUGACCAUCACACAGUUGGAAGGUGUCAAGGAUUCGACCGAUAUGCAGCGAAAUGCUACGACAAGUCGUGCUGCUAUUUCUGAGAAAUCCAAAUCGGUUGACACUACUUUUGCCACGGAUUCCGUAUCCGGUGAAUUACCACCUCUGGAGCCGUUUGAAAUGCCUCAAAUCUCUGUUGGAGUUAAGCCGAGGAUCAAGGUUGGUCCGAGAAAAAGCCGCACAUCUGAGUGAAUAUUUCGUUACGCGGAUAUUGUUUGAGUAUUAGCUAUAUAUCAAAUUUUAAUCUAGACUUCUGCUUUUUUUCUUCCGGUUCCUGUAGUAUUUUACUUUUGAGCUUAAAUUUCUCCAUUCAAUGAAUGUGUGAAUCUAUGUUAAAAAUGUACAUGACACUUGUAGAUUUAUAAAUUUAAAGCUGAUCAGAUUUUAUGCUUGUUUACUGAAGCAUGUUUGAUUUGAUUUACGCUCGGUGCUUGGUUUUCAUCGCUUACAGUUACAAUUGUUGUUAGAUUUAAUUCAACCUGCUAUAUGAUGAUUGCUAAUCGCCUACUGUAUCACAUAAUCACAUUCGACGUUUUAAACUACAGAUAUUGUAAGACGAACAAUGCAGAGAAAAGCAUAAUGCCGGUUUCAUUACUGAGAAUGGGUACUGAGUCUAUUGACUGUCAAAU